AUGUCUGAUAAACGGGUGGCCAUCAUAGGGGCCGGUAUGUCAGGGAUGGCGGCGUGGAAGGCAUGCCAGGAACAAGGUAUAGGAGCCGUGGUGUAUGAAAAGACUGAUGACAUAUGCGGGCUAUGGAGGUACAGGGAUGAGGUGGUUGAGGGCAACCCAUCACUCAUGAGGUCGACUACACUGAACACCAGUAAAGAGAUGAGUGCCUUAUCCGACUUCCCUGUGCCCAAACAUUUCCCUAAUUUUAUGCACCACUCGGUUAUGCGACAAUAUUUGACAUCAUAUGCCGAGAAGUUUGGUUUCAUAGAAAACGUGAAACUUAAACACGAGUUAAUACACUGCGUGCCAAACGAUGACUACGAUAGCACCGGUAGGUGGAUGUUAACGGUCCGGGACAUAGAAAUGAGUCGCGUGUUGACUGAAGUAUUUGAUGGCGUUAUGGUGUGCACCGGGACCUACCAGAAGCCAAUAAUACCCGAGUUUGCAAAUCAACAUUUAUUUAAAGGACAGGUAUUACACUCGACUGAGUACAGGGAGCCGCGUGACUUUUAUGGCAAACGGGUAUUGGUAGUAGGGGUGGGCAGUUCGGGCACUGAUAUUGCCGUCGAGGUGUCCAACGUGUGCACUAAUGUAUACCUGUCCAGUCGCAGUGGGUGUUGGCUUUACAAAAGGGUGGGCCCUUAUGGACUACCACUUGAUAUAUUCGGAUUCCGGCGUUAUCUGGCCUGGAUGUUUGACGGGCCCGCAUAUCCACUAUUGUGUUGGGCGAGCCAACUGUACUUGAACUUCAUAUUUAACCCUAAACUAUACGGACUUCAAUCGACGCAUAAAGUCUUCUCGCAUAAUAACACAGCGGUUAACGACGAUCUGCCCAAACGGAUCAUUACGGGCGCCGUUAGGGUUAAGCCGGACGUACAGGAGUUUACGGAAAAUGGAGUCAUUUUUAGUGGUGAGUCUCGUGAGUACGAGUGCGAUGUCGUGGUAUUUGGCACCGGGUACGAAUUGUCGUACCCAUUUUUGUCUCAAGACAUACUUCCCAUAAAUAACCCGGACUUUCGUCUAUACAAACAUUUGUUUAUUCCGAACGGUAAACACUCGCAUACAUUGGCACUCAUAGGCAUCGUAUCAUCGGUGGGACCCUAUCUACCCGUGUUUGAGCUCCAGUGCCGCUAUUUUGCCCAAUUGAUGACCAAUAAGAUACAGUUGCCAUCGGAUAAGGAAAUGUCGAAAGAAAUUAAUUGUCGAAAAGAGUGGGUUAAAAAAUAUUAUCCAGGUUAUGAAAAGUAUGGUCGACAGGUACGGCAUGUACAGUAUAUGGAUGAGUUGGCUGAGUGUGUGGGUUGUAAACCAAAACUAAUGAAGUAUUUGUUCACUGAUCCCAAACUCUGGUGGCACCUGUACUUUGGACCCUGCGUUCCCUAUCAUUACAGGUUAAAUGGUCCUAAUUGUUGGCCCGAAGCCAGAGAAACUAUACUUACGGUCAUGGACAGAAUUAAAGCACCUUUUAAAAAUGCUUGA